UGUUCCCUGUCACAUGAGACUCACGUGGAUUAUACUUACUAUAAAAAUGAGAUCACCGGCACAGUGUCGUUAGUUUCCCCGUGGACGAAGAACCCAUUGCAUUCUACUUUUCAGAGCGUCCCUCGUCAAGAAAUAUAAUGAGUCAGUAUCCAGGUUACCCUCCAGCUUACCCAGCCUAUCCCCCUUAUCAGAAUCAAGUGGUUCCGGUAGGGGUUGUUCCUCCCCCAGAGAAGAAUUUCUACCCGGCGAUGCCCUCCGCACCCCCACCCAUGAUGUACCCCCAGGGACCGCAGACAGCCACGACAUACAUGGUGAACUCGCAGCCCUGGCCGAGCAACUCCACCGUCAUUGUCGAAGAAAGAAGGGGACAUCACCACCACGACACCGUCAUCAUUGGUGGCAGGCCAAAGGAAACUAUCAUCGUGGAAGAGGGAAGACACCACCAUCACCGCCAUCCCAACACAGUGAUCAUCGAGGAGAGGCCAAGGGAGACCAUCAUCAUUGAGGAGCAUCACCGCCCAAGCCUCGGUGCUGCAAUAGGACAUGGGAUAGGUGCAGCGGCUGCUGCAGUUUUCGGCCCAAACCACCACCACCACGGGCACCACCACCACGGGCACCACCAUGGUCAUCAUCAUCAUCAUCUGUUUUAAUGACACCAUUGUUCUUUCAGGCAAGCAACGUAGAAAGAAGCCUUCUGCUUAAAAAAAAAAACAAAAAACAAAAACCAAAAAAAAAAAAACCCAAAAAACUCUCAACCCUUGUGGCUCAAAGAUACCAAAAGAACGACCACGAUCACAAAAAUUACUUCCUGGCUGGAGAGAUUAUGUGUGUGAUGACGAUAACAAAACAAAAAUUGAAAGUAAUUAAUAUAUUGUUUCCCAUGAUAUCACUGCUGUUGCAUGAUUGUUCCUUUUCAUUUAUUAAACUUUAAUUUUAUUUGUCCGGUGAAGAAAAGAAAACACCUUUAACCUAGAUGAAACUCGUGGAAAGUAAGAGGUCUCUUCACUGAAAACAGUCAGUCGAUCAGGACCUUUUGAGUGUGUUGAGCAAACCCACUUCUAUGAUAACCGAUUAGCUGAUGAUAAUUGAGCCACGAUAGCGCUCUGUCACAUUAGAGAAUUCAGGUCAAAAGAGCAAAAAUUACAGCUGAGAGGAAGCAGACUAACACUAAUCAAUAAAAUUAACCAAAUCAUUUUUAAACGACGUUGACAGCUGCUGAUCGAACGUGUGACACUAUUUCUCUGAUUAUCGGUCGCACCUGUCCGGGAGAAAACAAGGCUAUCGGCUGUGUCUAUAGUGACCUCGAGAAAAGAUCGUGCUUUAAGAUCAUGUCUGACUGACAAUCAGCUUGCGUCAGGCUCAGAUAGCUUUCUAUUCAGUCGGGAACGAUCGUCGCAACGAAGAAACGUGUGUGAACUGUCAAUGGUGUCAAAAAGGAACUUACUUUUUUUCAUUAGCAUUUUAGUUUAUUUUCCUGACUCAUUGGUUGUUCUCUGAUGUGGCUUUCGGGAGAUAUGCUCUGUGUGUGUGUGUGUGUGUGUGUGUGUGUGUGUGUGUGUGUGUGUGUGUGUGUUUCUUACAAUUUUUGAUACACAGCCAAAAUGACUUUUUAAAGUGUAGGAGAGAAAUAAGUACUACAUAAAAUAGAUGUUAACAUUUAAGUGGGAAUGAGAGAAUGUGAUGUCUAAAUGAAGAUGGACCACAAAGUCGGCUUAUUGUCUUUCCUGUUCAAAGAUAUACCAUUGCAUAUUGUUUCGUUUUCUUAGAUGUUACAUUACAGUUGCAUGACAACACAUGAAAUUUGGCUGUAAACAAUUAUAUGCCGGUGAAUAAAGUUUAUUUCUCCGUGAA